ACAGGAAGUCCAGGUUUCCCCGGCCAACCAGGCUACAGUGGACCUAAGGGUGACCAGGGAGAACAGGGGCCUCCCGGACCCCCAAUCUACACUGACGCACAAGGGAUGUCUGUUCAAGGAGCACCAGGUGACAACGGCAUCGACGGCCUCCCUGGUCAACCAGGGGACGCGGGAGCUCCAGGGUUUCCAGGACAACCAGGACGACCAGGCGACUCCUUUGGCGAUGGUCGCGGAGGCAGCCCAGGGUUCCCUGGUACACUGGGGCCUAAGGGAGAGAGGGGUAACCCAGGCAGACAGAGCUAUGGUCCUGAGGGCCAACCAGGAGGACAAGGCUUACCAGGAACCCCUGGACCACCCGGACCACCAGGCAGAUCUGCCAACAGCCAAACCGACUUCUUCGACACUCUACCAGGAACGCCAGGACGACCAGGAGCCCAGGGACCACCUGGAGCCAGUGGAUAUAAGGGACCCAAAGGGGAGCUGGGUGACUGUAACUGCCUGGGAGAAGGCACCUCGGGUGGGGUGGGGCCACCGGGUGCUCCUGGGGCUGAUGGAAGACCUGGGGGGUUCGGACGUAAAGGCGAGAGCGGAGACCCUGGCAUACCCGGUUUCGGAGGACAACCAGGAACACCUGGUCGUGCGGGUGAGAGGGGUUUCUUUGGGCGUAAAGGAGAGAAGGGUGCCUCCUUUUACCCGUCGUUCAGCCGGGGGAUCAAGGGUGAACUUGGGGCCCAGGGUCCUCAGGGCCCCCCUGGAGACAUGGGCCGACCCGGGAGAGAUGGACUGCCUGGGUUCCCUGGACAGCCUGGGCCUCCUGCUGAUGUCGAUGGCUACGGAACCGUCGGAGAGAGAGGUUUCCCAGGGUUCUCGGGGGCCAAAGGUCGCGCUGGUGAACCAGGAGAGAACGGGAUUGGCUACGAGGGUACCGUCGGUACCCGCGGGUUGCCAGGCGACCCGGGCUUCACCGGGUUACCAGGGCAACCUGGUUUACCUGGCCCGCCAGGUGACAGCUGUGGGCAGGAGGGGGUUAAUGACGCCGAGGGAGGGUUGACGGUACCUUGUCGUCUACCUGGCGAGGACGGAGAACCCGGCUACCCAGGAUUACCUGGAAGAACAGGUCCCAAGGGUGAGCCAGGUUUCCCAGGGGGUCCCGGUCGGCCCGGCUUUGAUGGAGGGAAGGGAGAGAGAGGAGACCCUGGCUUCGGAGGUCAGCCUGGACCACAAGGUUUCCCUGGCCCCAGAGGAGAUGCUGGGGUCCCAGGUAUCCCAGGCGAGGGCCGUCCAGGGGCCCCAGGGAAAAACGGGUUCCAGGGGCGGCCGGGGGGAAAGGGGCAGCCGGGGGAGGUUCUGGGGGCCUCAACAGGUCUCCCUGGAUCACCUGGGUUCCCCGGAGGACCAGGAGACAAGGGAGAGCGAGGAGCAUCGGGACUACCUGGAGGAUCAGGUUUUGACGGACGGUCCGGUGUUUCCGGAGCUAAGGGUGAGCGCGGUACAGAUGGCUACCCUGGAACUCCAGGUCUUCCUGGACUUCCCGGAGAGGGCAGACCGGGUGGAUUUCCCGGUCCUGCCGGACCAGCCGGACGCAGGGGAUUAACCGGAUCUCCAGGCUGUCAAGGCUACCCCGGUGUGAAGGGAGCCAGAGGUGAUGCAGGCUUUCCAGGCCCAGCUGGGAUGAAGGGACAACCAGGAGAUCCAGGAGGCGAUGGCUCUCCAGGACUCAGGGGUCUUCCAGGACCACCGGGCCCCGGGGGAAGAGAGGGCAUCCCUGGGGGACCAGGAAGAAAGGGCGAGAGCGGUUACCCCGGACUGGUGGGUUUCCCCGGAAUGCCAGGUAACCCUGGAAGACCUGGAGGUCCAGGAGGGAAAGGAGCUCCCGGAUUCUCAGGAAGAGACGGUCUGCCCGGAGAUUUCGGAGCGCCAGGACCUAAAGGUGACAGAGGUAACGCUGGUCCACCCGGCGCACCCUCUCGACCCGUCAGAGUUGAGUACAUUGAGAAGGGACAGAUGGGCGACAAUGGGGCCAACGGUCUACCCGGUUUCCCUGGACCUAGAGGUGACAAGGGUUUCCCAGGGCUGCCUGGUCGACAGGGUUUGCCCGGACUGCCUGGUUAUGCUGACAGGGCUAAAGGAGAACAAGGACUUUCUGGUCUCCCUGGGCGCCCAGCCGGGCCAGGCUACCCAGGGCCUAAAGGAUCUCCCGGUAUCAUCGGCUUCCCUGGCAUGCCUGGACCUAGGGGUGACGAUGGCGAACCUGGUUUCCCUGGAAACCCCGGAGUCUUUGGUCAGCCAGGUGCUAAAGGUGAGCGAGGUGACUCGUCCGGCUACCCCGGAGGUCCCGGAGCUAAAGGUGAGGCCGGAACCCCUGGUUACUCAGGUGACCCAGGUGCUAAAGGCGCCCCCGGGGACAACGGUUUCGCAGGCGGCCCUGGGUUCAACGGACAGAAGGGAGCACCGGGAGAUCGAGGAAUAACCGGACAAAUGGGUACCCCUGGUUUCACUGGCGCUAAGGGUCUGAACGGAUACCCAGGAGGAAGAGGUCUGGACGGGAUGCCUGGCCGCUCCGGCUCCCCUGGAACAUCUGGAGAGAAAGGUCUGCCGGGAUCUCCUGGUCUUGAUGGGCUCAACGGACUGGCUGGACCCAAGGGUCUACCAGGAACCCCAGGUUAUAGUGACGGGGGUCGUCCCGGCACUCCUGGAGCAGCCGGUCUGAAGGGAGAAAGGGGCUCCUCCAUCCCAGGUGGACCUGGGUACAAUGGAGAGAAGGGAGCUAGAGGAGAGUCAGGGGGUCCUGGUGUGACGGGCUUCCCAGGUAUGCCUGGUCCUCGCGGGGAGACUGUCUUUUCUAACAUCCCUGGACCACUGGGAGACCCUGGCCUGCCAGGAAUCGAUGGAGAAGAAGGUUACCGUGGUCCUCCAGGCCCCCCAGGCCCACCGGGGCCCGGUACAGCCCAAGGAGACAGAGGCGACUCUGGGCUAUCUGGCAUCCCUGGUACCCCUGGUAACCGUGGAGACCCUGGGGGUCCAGGUGGCCCAGGACGGGACGGAAACCCUGGAUUCAAAGGAGAGAGAGGUGACUCUGGGUACAGUGGAGCAUCUGGACAAAUGGGCUUCCCUGGAGAUCCAGGAUACUACGGUGGGAAAGGACCCAAAGGAAGGAGUGGUAAUACUGGUCGUAAGGGACCCCAAGGUAUAACUUUCCCCUGGCAGGGCAACCGGACAACCUAUGGAGACAUGGGAGACCCCGGGGCCAACGGAGCUCCAGGGCCCGUGGGAGAAGCAGGCAAUCCUGGCAUGCCAGGCAGGGGGGGUCCUAAAGGCAGGCCCGGCGCGGUAGGGAAGCUGGGGAGGAACGGAGGGUCAGGCCUGGACGGACCUCUGGGAGACUCUGGUACUCCUGGUUUCCCUGGACCUACCGGGUCACAAGGUCUGCCCGGUAAGCCUGGCCUGCAGGGUCCCCCAGGUAGUGUGGCGCGCAGCAGGAGUAUUGGCUACACUCUGGUGAAGCACAGUCAGAACAACCAGGUGCCCAUGUGUCCUCAGGGCAUGGCUCAGCUCUGGGAAGGAUACAGUCUGCUGUAUGUUGAGGGGCAGGAGAAGGCCCAUAACCAGGACCUCGGUAUGGCAGGCUCCUGCCUUCCCCGUUUCAGCACUGUCCCCUUCCUGUACUGCACGCCCAACGAGAUCUGCUACUACGCCAGCCGCAACGACAAGUCCUAUUGGCUGUCCACCACGGCACCCAUCCCCAUGAUGCCGGUGGGAGAGGAGGCCAUCAGCCAGUACAUCAGCAGGUGCUCCGUGUGCGAGGCCUACUCCCAGCCUGUAGCUGUCCACUCACAGGACCUCACCAUCCCUACCUGCCCUCCCGGCUGGAGAUCCCUCUGGAUCGGGUACUCCUUUCUCAUGCACACUGCUGCCGGGGCUGAGGGCGGCGGCCAGUCCCUGAGCUCUCCAGGGUCCUGUCUGGAAGACUUCCGCGCCACGCCCUUCAUUGAGUGUAAUGGGGCCAAGGGCACCUGCCACUACUUUGCCAACAAGUACAGCUUCUGGCUGACCACGGUUGAGCCUAACCGGGAGUUCGACCCCCCUCCGAUGGACACACUGAAAGGAGGCAACCAACGCAGCCGAGUCAGUCGCUGUCAAGUCUGCAGCAAGAUCUUGUAGCUGGGAUAAGAGUCGAAGAUGGAGAGAUGGAUAGAAGAUAUGGGAAAUGAAAAAGAGAGAGACUGAAACAACAAAGGAGAGGGUGAUGAUUACUUAUCAGAAAGGAAAAAGAGAGAUGGAGGUGGAGAUGGAGUAAUUGAAAUGAUAAAAAAUACAAAAUAAACUUUGACUGACUGAAUUUGAGCACCUCUCCUGCUUCAUCUAGGGGUCUCACUAGGAGGGUGAGGGGCUCCUGAAGGAGCCGACGAGGGCCCUUUUGUGGGUUUAGGAUGCCCUUCUAUCGAUGUAAGACAGAAAGGGAUGGAGAGAUGAGCGGUCUUGUUCGAAACUAGAUUAUUACUGACAGUGGUGCUAUACUGUAUGUUUCAUGUGUCUUUAUUUUGUUCUUUUCACGUUGCUAUGGUUAUGUGUCUGAAAACAUUCACGGCUACCUCGGAGAGUGCAACCUCAAACCACCCCUUUGGCCUGCACUGAACCGCUUUCGCUUCCUGGGCUACAUCCCAAAUGGCCUAUAUAGUGCACUACCCAUAGGACUCUGGUCCAUAGUGGUGCAUUACAUAGGGAAUAUGAUGCUAUUUGGGAUGAAUGCGUUCUCUGCCGUUACAACUACAUGCAGUCAUGAACCUAAGAGACCUGUUAACUGCUAUAGCUAGCCAACCGCUUUUCAUACUCAAACACACACACACACCUAUGAUAUCUAUUAUGUCUGCUUCAGUUAAGAGAAACAGUAAGUGUGUUAUGAUAUGUGCUUGUGAUUCUAUUAGAAGCCAAUAUGUUCUUUUUUUUUUGGUGCUACCCUACCCUGGGACUCAACUUGACAACAGUUUUGAAAAAGACAAAUCCAUCACUUUUUAAAUAUUAGAAUGAGUGGCAUAGACAGAUCGGGUGAGGUAACGUCAUCCCAUGCCGAAUCACUUGGAAAAAAUGGUGAUACUUCUAUUUAUAUAAGAUCCCAUUUAUGCGUAUGUUUAAUGUAUUGCGGUAAUGUGAGUGCCUAUAAUUGGUAUAAAUCACAGGAGGCUGCUGAGGGGAGAACGGCUCACAGCAAUGGCAUGAACGGAGCGAAUGGAAUGGCAUCAAACACA